GUAAUUAUUCAGCUUUAAGUAGGACACUAAUCAUUGUUCAUGCAUACAACUGUUUAAAACAUGGCUUCCGUGAGUUGAGAAUCAAGUUUGUGACUUUUGUGUUUUGGUUUUGUCAGAGCAGGAGGCUAGGUAAGCUUUUUUACAAUGCAAAUCGCUUGUAAAACGAAAUCAGUGUUGAAAAAAGAUAAAAAUGUCAGAUGUUUUGUAUCGCCCAAAUGCUUCGAGACGUAUUACUCCGCCGGUUACAGCGUUAUGUGCAUCCCAUUCGGCAGAAACAAAGUCACUUUAUCCUCGUUUCCCACCAAUACUACCACCGCCUCCCGCUGCUCAUUUGCCACCAACACUCCCUACAAGACCACCAUCAGCGCUCCCAUCUGGUACCAACAUGGAGCAUCCAUCCAAGUCCCUGAGUCUCGUCUCAAACGUCUCACGGCAACGGCAGACGAAUGAACAAAACGUCUCACGGCAACGGCAGACGAAUGAACAAAACGUCUCACGGCAACGGCAGACGAAUGAACACCCAUCUCUUUUUUUCUUCCGAACUUCUGGAACCUUAAAAAUAAAAGUUACGCCCAACGCCCCAUCACUGCCGGCAUCUCCACCCCCACUUCCUGCUCCACCAUCUUUUAUGAUCAAGCAGCCUGAAUCAACCCCCUUGUAUGAAUCACACAACACAACAAAAGACAAAGAAACUUUGGAGACCCUGAUUGCAACGACAGAUGAUACAAAGAACGUAUCGAAAACUUUAGAAUCUGAAGGAAAUUCGAUAAUGAAGCAAUUACCAGCGGCGGAUGAAAAAAACUAUAAAAACCAUCUCAUCAAAGUACCUACAAAAGCCCAAAACGGGGAAUGUGUCCACCAACAUUCAUUGACGACUGGAGGACAAGAACUUGUACAGAACCGCUCCAAAAUUGGGUGGAUUUUCAAGAAAAAGUCAUCUAGUUUAGAUGAAAAAGUGAAUAAGAAGUUUCUUCCGCCAGAAAUUGACUCUAUUAGAAAUAAAUCAAUGACUUUUGCUGACAUUAUCACGAAUGCACUGAUGCUUUACAGGAUGAAUAAAACACCUUCCAUAAAGCCCCAAGUUGCUAUACAAUCACAUCUACAAAAAGCCACAAGGUGUACCCGAUGUUAUCGGAGUUUCGGAUUAAGAUGCGUUAGAUACCAUUGCAUUAGAUGUAGGCAGUCGUUUUGUGAAAAAUGUAUACCUAAGAACGUCUAUGACAUUAUUGAACAAGAGGAGUCUGUUUCGUCUACUACGCGGAUCUGUGAUAGCUGCUGCAAAGAUAUUGCCAGCGAGUCUUCUAGGGGAUUAACUCGCGGUUUGUGGUCAGAAUUUCUUCAAUUGAGAGACAACUUUAGGAAAAGUAAAGGACUAGAGAUUACACCUGUACACGUGAACAAACAAGCCGAGGUCCAGAACAUGCUGGAUAUGGUCCCAAGUUUAAAGAAUUUGUUGUACAGAUUUUUAACAGAACUUGAGGAACAGCUCGAAAAGCAGACAAGACACACUUUUUUAGCCAAUUACUUGCAUCUAGAAAACACUUCUCCUAAACAGUUAUCCAAGAAGAACAAGGAGUGUAAAGCGUGCAAACGUCAGCUACGCAUGUUGUCCGAUAUUCGCGACUGCUGUCUCUGCCAACAGACGUUCUGUAUGUCAUGCACAUAUAAAACUCUGCAAGUUUAUCUUCCGUCUGAAACAAACUUGAACGACCAGUUGGACAUCAGUCAAAUCAAAAUUCAUGUCAUUGUAAACGAACAGGAUGAGAUCAACGCCAUUGAAGCGUCUGAGGUCUAUCGAGUGUGCGCACAGUGUGAAGGUGAAGUGGUGAGAAGUAUAGACAUUAUGAACUUCAACCUCAAGCUCACAGAAUUAGAGAGGGAAAUGUUCGAUCUACAGCGGCAAAUUGAACACGCUCUAUCUUAUGACCCAUCUUACUAUCGUAUGCAAAGAUCAUUAUCUGCAGCCAAUGUCAGCAGCGUGGGAGACAGCUAUGAUAUGACAGGGAAUGUCAGGCUAGCAAAUCGACUGUACGAGCGUUACACGAGAGCUUAUGAUAACCUAACGCAUAUGUCGCCACUAACUAACGGUCAGAAGAUAUUACAUAAACAUAUAAAGCAGGCGAUGUAUGAAUUUUAUUUAAAACGAAGAAACCAACUGAAACUGUCACUAAGAAGGAGAGAUUCGUGUUUAAGCCUUUCUCAAAAUCAUCUAUGACUGGUUGCAAAAACUAUAUAUAUAUAUAUAUAUAUAUAUAUAUAUAUAUAUAUAUAUAUAUAUAUAUAUAUAUAUAUAUAUAUAUAUAUAUAUAUAUAUAUAUACGUACAUUUAAAAAUUUGUGUGGAGUAGUUUAGGACAUUGAUCUAACUACAUGCCAACAAACCUUCGAAUUUUGGUUGUUUUUUAAAUCUCAAAGACACCGAGUUUUAUGCCUACACAAUUAAGAUAUUGUUUUAAUGUAUUGGACUUUUCAAGAGUUGACUGUGCAAUUAGGUGUACUUGUAUCAUUCGACAACAAUAAAAUAAUUAAACAUUUAAUUAAUUUAAAAAAAAUAUUUUUAUUUUCUAAGAAUUUUUAA